CGCCCUGUGAUCAGCAGCGUCCCGCCUCCACGCCGCUCCCGCAGUCAGGCUGGGGCUCGACGCGGGGACCCUCGCUCAGUCCUCGGCCGUCAGCCCUCCUCCCCGCAGACCCCGGCGGUCCCCCAUCCCAGGCCGCAGGAGAGACGGGGCCCCAAGGCAGGCUUCAUAUCUCAAACGCUGGGAUCCCCCCCGGACAUUCCCUGGCCCUCAGGCCCCAGGGCUGAGCUGUGGGCAGGUCCCACCUGGUGAGUUACUUGGGGACUGAGGAUGGAUGGGAGGAAGCAGGAGAGGCUAGAGGCUGAGAUUCAGCCAGAGGGGUGCGAUGGGAUAUGGUGGCGGGGCCGCACUGGAGGGGUGGGUAGACGCUGGCACUGGGAGGAGGGGCGGGCCAGCCUCCUGGAUGAAGGGCUGCUGGCAGGUUAAAGAUGGAGGAGGAGCAUGGCGUUGAGAUGGAGUUAAGUUAGGAGCCUAGACCUGGAGGGAAGGAGGGGCUGCCUUCCUAGGGCUGAGAGGGUCUGUGGGGGCCCUGGGAAUGUGUGGGUGUGGGGUGUGGGGUGGGGCCAGCAUUCCUGAGAUACUCAGGGGGGUAAGGGGCCAGCAGCCGCGACCUUUCUCUCUUCUCAGAAAAAUUAUAAGCAGAUGUGGGUGCCUCGGGGAGUGUAGAGCAGGGAGCCAGAGCGAGCUUUGGGAACGUGGAACACAGAACCUGAAGCUGGCCGCGGGCGUGGUGCUGCGGGAGCUCAGCCUCUCUGAGCCCAGGAGCUGAGGGAGCAGACUUGUAUGAAGUCCCGGGAGCCAGGGGUGGUGGGGAGGGAGAGGACCCCAUUUCCAAAUGGCCGACAGGGUAUGAGGGAGGCGGGAGCUUUUCCUUAAAUGCAAGGUCACCAGGUUGGCCACCUCCUUAGGCGAUGGCCCCUAGAGCUGGGUGUAAUGUGCUGGCUAAGGUGUCACUACUGACUUCCGGGGACGGGGUGGCUGGCCUUGGGUUAUAGUGUUUGCUAGUUUCUCUGGUGUCAAUAACCCCCAUGCCUGAUUCCAGGCUACUCACGUAACAUCACUGAACACGUUGCUAGUACCAUGGGCUCUCAGCCCGCGUGAGCUGGCUCCAGCCCGCCACUGGUUGGGAGGUCACCUGGACCCAGCCCUAUUCCCCACAAAUAGAACAGAAAACCCCUGACAGUAUCGCAUCACGCUGGCUUUGGCUUCUGCCUGCAUACAUCCAGUGAUGGGGAGCUCACCACCUGAGGUAGCCAACUCCAUUCCUGAGCUGCUCCGACUUGGAAAGUUCUUCCUCUGACUGAGCCCAGGGCUGCAUCCCUCAUCACUUCCCCUCACUGCUUCCAGUCUCACACCUUGGUACAAAUAUCAGAGUGCCCUGGGAAGGGCCUGGCUGGGGGCUGGGGAUUCAGAGAUGAAAGGCACUGGGUCCCUGCCUCUGGAGGUCCUGGCCAGGGAGCAGGCACAGGAACAGUGGGGUAGGGUGAAUGGUUCUGGAACCCCCAGAAGCAAUGAGUGGGGUUGUCUGCCAUUGAGGGACAGGAGGUGGAGGACAGAAGGGGUGGCACCUGGGUUUUGAAAGAUGAGAACUCCAGGUGAAUGAAACGUGAGGGUGUCUAAGUAAUUCAUGAGCAAAGACCAGAGGCGUGGAGGUGACUGUGGUCCAGGAGUGAGGUGGGGAGUUGGAGCCCAGAGCAGGGGGCCACAGGACAUGGGGCUGCAGUCUGGUGUCUUCUGCAGGCCCACGGCUCAGAUCUCUGCAGACAGGUCCUCCAGGCUGCCCGCUGCAGCGCCCCUGCCUGCUCUGUGCCGGCCCUGGGGCAGGCCUCUGCAAUGUCACCGCCUCUGCGCCCUCUCCUUCUCCUGGCCCUGGGCCUGGGGCUGGCUGGAACUCUCAACCCCAGUGAUCCCAACACCUGCAGCUUCUGGGAAAGCUUCACCACGACCACCAAGGAGUCCCACUCCCGCCCCUUCAGUCUUUUCCCCUCGGAGCCCUGCGAGCGCCCCUGGGAGGGUGCCCAUACUUGCCCCCAGCCCACGGUUGUGUACCGGACCGUGUACCGUCAGGUGGUGAAAACGGACCACCGCCAGCGCCUGCAGUGCUGUCACGGAUUCUACGAGAGCAGUGGCUUCUGUGUCCCGCUCUGUGCCCAGGAGUGUGUCCAUGGCCGUUGUGUGGCACCCAAUCAGUGCCAAUGUGUACCAGGCUGGCGGGGCGACGACUGUUCCAGUGAGUGUGCCCCAGGAAUGUGGGGGCCACAGUGUGACAAGCCCUGCACCUGCGGCAGCAGCCCCUGUGACCCCAAGAGUGGGGUGUGUGCUUGCCUUUCUGGUCUGCAGCCCCCAAACUGCCUUCAGCCCUGUACCCCUGGGUACUAUGGCCCUGCCUGCCAGUUCCGCUGCCAGUGCCAUGGGGCACCCUGCGAUCCCCAGACUGGAGCCUGCUUCUGCCCUGCAGAGAGAACUGGGCCCAGCUGUGAUGUGUCCUGCCUCCAGGGCACUGCUGGUUUCUUCUGCCCCAGCACCCAUCCUUGCCAAAAUGGAGGUGUCUUCCAAGCCCCGAAGGGCUCCUGCAGCUGCCCCCCUGGCUGGAUGGGCACCAUCUGCUCCCUGCCCUGCCCAGAGGGCUUUCACGGACCCAACUGCUCCCAGAAAUGUCGCUGUCACAACGGCGGCCUCUGCGACCGAUUCACCGGGCAGUGCCGCUGCGCUCCAGGUUACACUGGGGAUAGGUGCCGGGAGGAGUGCCCGGUGGGGCGCUUCGGGCAGGACUGUGCUGAGACCUGCGACUGCGGCCCGGACGCCCGCUGCUUCCCCGCCAACGGCGCGUGUCUGUGCGAACACGGCUUCACCGGGGACCGCUGCACCGAGCGCCUCUGCCCCGACGGCUUCUACGGUCUCAGCUGCCAGGCCCCCUGCACCUGCGACCCGGAGCACAGCCUCAGCUGCCACCCGAUGAACGGGGAGUGCUCCUGCCUGCCAGGCUGGGCCGGCCUCCACUGCAAUGAGAGCUGCCCGCAGGACACGCACGGGCCGGGGUGCCAGGAGCACUGUCUCUGCCUGCACGGCGGCGUCUGCCAGGCUGCCAGCGGCCUCUGCCAGUGCGCGCCGGGCUACACGGGCCCUCACUGUGCUAGUCUUUGUCCUCCGGACACUUACGGUGUCAGCUGUUCCUCACGCUGCUCUUGUGAAAAUGCCAUCGCUUGCUCACCCAUCGACGGCGAGUGCGUCUGCAAGGAAGGUUGGCAGCGUGGUAACUGCUCUGUGCCCUGCCCAUCUGGAACCUGGGGCUUCGGUUGCAAUGCCAGCUGCCAGUGUGCCCAUGAGGGAGUCUGCAGCCCCCAAACUGGGGCCUGUACCUGCGCCCCUGGGUGGCAUGGGGCCCGCUGCCAGCUGCCCUGCCCGAAGGGGCAAUUUGGAGAAGGUUGUGCCAGUCGCUGUGACUGUGACCACUCUGAUGGCUGUGACCCGGUUCAUGGACGCUGUCAGUGUGAGGCUGGCUGGAUGGGCACCCGCUGCCACCUGUCCUGCCCUGAGGGCUUAUGGGGAGUCAACUGUAGCAACACCUGCACCUGCAAGAAUGGGGGCACUUGCCUCCCUGAGAAUGGCAACUGUGUGUGUGCACCGGGAUUCCGAGGCCCCUCCUGCCAGAGAUCCUGUCAGCCUGGCCGCUACGGCAAACGCUGUGUGCCUUGCAAGUGCGGGAACCACUCCUCCUGCCACCCCUCGAACGGGACGUGCUACUGCCUGGCUGGCUGGACAGGCCCUGACUGCUCCCAGCCAUGCCCUCCAGGACACUGGGGAGAAAACUGUGCCCAGCCCUGCCAAUGUCACCAUGGUGGGACCUGCCAUCCCCAGGAUGGGAGCUGUAUCUGCCCCCCAGGCUGGACUGGACCCCACUGCUUGCAAGGUUGCCCUCUGUGGACAUUUGGUGCUAACUGCUCCCAGCCAUGCCAGUGUGGUCCUGGGGAAAAGUGCCACCCAGAGACUGGGGCCUGUGUAUGUCCCCCUGGGCACAGUGGCGCGCCUUGCAGGAUUGGAAUCCAGGAGCCCUUUACUGUGAUGCCUACCACUCCAGUGGCCUAUAACUCGCUGGGUGCAGUGAUUGGCAUUGCAGUGCUGGGGUCCCUUGUGGUAGCCCUGGUGGCACUGUUCAUUGGCUAUCGGCAUUGGCAAAAAGGCAAGGAGCACCAUCACCUGGCAGUGGCCUACAGCAGCGGGCGGCUGGACGGCUCCGAGUAUGUCAUGCCAGAUGUCCCUCCGAGCUAUAGUCACUACUACUCCAACCCCAGCUACCACACCCUGUCGCAGUGCUCCCCGAACCCCCCGCCCCCUAACAAGGUUCCCAGCCAGCUCUUUGCCAGCCUGCAGGCCCCUGAGCGGCCAGGUGGGGCCCACGGGCAUGAUAACCAUGCCACCCUGCCUGCUGACUGGAAGCACCGCUGGGAGCACCCUCCAGGGCCUCUGGACAGGGGAAGCAGCUGCCUGGACCGCAGCUACAGCUACAGCAAUGGCCCAGGCCCAUUCUAUAAUAAAGGGCUCAUCUCUGAAGAGGGGCUCGGGGCCAGCGUGGCUUCCCUGAGCAGUGAGAACCCCUAUGCCACCAUCCGGGACCUGCCCAGCCUGCCAGGGGGCCCCCGGGAGAGCAGCUACAUGGAAAUGAAAGGCCCCCCCUCAGGAUCUCCCCCCAGGCAGCCUCGUCAGCUCCAGCUCCGGGACAGCCAGAGGCGGCGGCAGCCCCUGCCACAGAGAGACAGUGGCACCUACGAGCAGCCCAGCCCCCUGAUCCACGACCGGGACUCUGUGGGCCCCCAGCCCCCUCUGCCUCCGGGUCUACCCCCCGGCCACUAUGACUCACCCAAGAACAGCCACAUCCCUGGACAUUAUGACCUCCCUCCAGUACGGCAUCCCCCAUCACCUCCACUUCGACGCCAGGACCGGUGAGGAGCCAGGAUGGUGUGGCAGAGGCCAGCACACCUGGCUGUUGCUGCCGAAGGCUUGGGACAGAGCCUGGUGUUCCCUGCCAGGGGCAGGGAGUGGACCGGCCGGCCUUGAACACGAACAACACUUAACGGAGCAAGUGAAAGGAGAGACGGGAGCCUCGUUCCCAGGUUCUACCUUGGGAGACAUUGGGCAGCAGGAUGCCUGUCUCCCUUUCCCACCCAAUUGUUCCCAAGGCUCCCAGGGCCCUGUGUACAUAAACUGGUGGGUUGAAAGUUGCUAGGUAACUCUGAUUCCAGACUGAUUUCAAACGUGUGUGGGGUACCUUUUCUGUGCACGCUC